AUGAAGAAGUAUGAGACUCGUAGAGCACAUCAGCCAGGAAGAGUGUAUACUACUUCUGCAGCAGGUGCUGAGGGAUCAGAGACACUGAUUAGAGGUAAUUGUGAGAUAGCCGGUAAAGUUUUAAGUGCUUUGUUUGAUUUUGGAGUAACACAUUCAUUCGUUGUAUUUGAAAAGGCUGAUGAACUAGGAAUGAAAAUAGUGGUCUUAGGUUAUGAUUUAAAGGUGUAUAAUACUACCCAUGAGGCUAUGGUGACUAGGUUAGGAUGUCCACAAGUACCGUUUCGAGUACAACAACGUGAAUUCAUGCAUGACCUGAUUUGUCUGCCGAUGACUGGUGAUGAUCAAAGCUUAGAACAGAUUCCGAUUGUAUGUGAGUUCCUGGAGGUGUUUCUGGAUGAUAUUGAUGAAUUUUUGCCUAAUCGGGAGGUUGAAUUCGCCAUUAAGUUGGUGUCGGGAGCUGGUUCGAUCUCGAGUGCUCCUUAUAGGAUGUCACCGUUAGAGAUGGCCGAGCUUAAGGAUCAAUUGGAAGAUUUAUUGGAAAAACACUUUAUUCGGCCGAGUGUUUCUCCGUAG